AUGGUUAACUCCAUCAAAGGAAUCUUCAUCUCUUGNGAGAAGAUUAGAGAUGGGUUUCUUCAUGAUAUUAAGUUAGACGAUGCUAUGGAUUUGUUUAGUGAGAUGGUAAAGUCUCGUCCUUUGCCUUCCAUCGUUGAUUUCAGUAAACUGUUGAGUGCUAUUGCAAAGAUGAAGAAGUUUGAUAUUGUGAUCUCUAUGGGCGAGAAGAUGCAAAUGUUGGGAAUUUCACAUAGUCUCUAUACUUACAGUAUUUUGAUUAACUGUUUUUGCCGCCGCUCUCAGCUCUCUCUUGCUUUAGCUGUUCUUGGAAAGAUGAUGAAACUCGGGUAUGAGCCUAGCAUUGUCACGCUUUCUUCACUUCUCAAUGGAUACUGUCAAGGUCGUAGGAUUUCAGAGGCUGUAGCUUUGGUUGAUCAGAUGGUGGAAAUGGGAUAUAAGCCUAAUACAGUGACAUUCAACACUCUAAUCCAUGGACUUUUUCUCAACAACAAAGCUUCAGAAGCGGUGGCUCUAGUUGAACGGAUGGUUGUGAAAGGCUGUCAACCAGAUCCUUUUACUUAUGGUGCGGUAAUAAAUGGAAUAUGUAAGAGAGGUGAUACUGAUUUGGCUAUAACUUUGCUCAAGAAGAUGGAUGAAAGGCAAAUAAAGGCGGAUGUUGCAAUCUACAACACGGUCAUUGAUGGUCUUUGCAAAUACAGAAACGUGGAUGAUGCUCUUCACCUAUUCAACCAAAUGGAGAACAAAGGAAUCAGACCUAAUGUUGUUACCUACAACUGCCUCAUAAGUUGCCUUUGUAAUUACGGAAGAUGGAGUGACGCCUCUCGUUUACUACGUGAUAUGAUUGAGAGGAAAAUCAACCCCAAUGUAGUCACUUUUAGUGCGUUGAUUGAUGCGUUUGUGAAAGAGGGGAAGCUUUUGGAAGCUAAAAAAUUGUACGAGGAAAUGAUCCGCAGGUCUGUAGAUCCUGAUACUAUCACUUACAAUUCACUGAUCAAUGGGUUUUGCAUGAAUGAUCGCCUUGAUGAGGCCAAAGAUAUGUUUGAUUUGAUGGUUAGCAAGGACUGUCUCCCAAAUGUAGUGACAUAUAAUACUCUUAUAAACGGAUUUUGCAAGUCUAAGAGAGUAGAAGAUGGCAUGGAACUCUUCUGUCAAAUGUCUCAAAGAGGAUUGGUUGGAGACACAAUCACUUACAAUAGUCUUAUCCAAGGUUUUUUUCAAGAUGGAGAUUGUGAGAAUGCCCAACAAGUUUUCAAGCAGAUGGUUUCUGAUGAUGUGCCUCCCAAUAUUCUGACGUACAACAUUUUGUUAGAUGGUCUUUGUAAAAAUGGGAAGCUAGAGAAAGCAUUAAUGGUAUUCCAGGAUCUGCAAAACAGUGAAAUGGAACUAGAUAUUGUCACGUAUAAUAUUAUCAUUGAAGGGAUGUGUAAGGCUGGUAAGGUUGAAGAUGGGUGGGUUAUAUUUUGUAGCCUCAGCCGCAAAGGAGUGGAUCCUAAUAUUGUAACAUAUAAUACAAUGGUCUCAGGAUUUUGUAGGAAAGGUUUAAAGGAGGAAGCAGAUGCCUUAUUCAGGAAAAUGAAAGAAGAGAGGCCUCUCCCAAAUAGUGGUACGUAUAAUACGCUGAUUAGGGCACGACUUAGAGAUGGUGACAAAGCUGAAUCAGCAGAACUCAUCAAAGAAAUGAGGAGUUGCGGGUUCUGUGGAGAUGCUUCGACAAUAAGCAUGGUCUUUAAUAUGUUGAAUGAUGGGAGAUUGGAAAAAAACUUUCUGGACAUGCUUUCUUAA